CCAAAGACGCUUCACACGGGGGAGUAACAGGCUCGCUCGUUCUUCUCGUGUCAGGACGAUUAACCCUUUAAAGAUCUUCUGUAGACAGAGUGUUUUAACCCUCCACUGAUCUAACCGUUGAUUGUGUCUCUGUCUCCAGAUGGACGACCUGCAGUGGCCUCGUGGCGAGCUGGACGUCCCCUCAUCCGUGUGCAGCCUCCCGUGUCGGAGCGGCGAGAGGAAGAAGGUGGUGAAAGGCAUGGCGUGCUGCUGGCACUGCGAGCCCUGCGACGGCUACCAGUACCAGGCGGACGAGUUCUCCUGUAAACUCUGCUCGUACAACAUGAGGCCCAACCCCAACCGCACCGCCUGCCAGCCCAUCCCCAUCACCCGGCUGGAGUGGAGCUCGCCGUGGGCCAUCAUCCCCGUGUUCCUGGCGAUGCUCGGGAUCAUCGCCACCAUCUUCGUCAUGGCCACGUUCAUACGGUACAACGACACGCCGAUAGUGCGAGCUUCGGGCCGGGAGCUGAGCUACGUCCUCCUGACGGGGAUCUUCCUCUGUUACAUCAUCACGUUCCUCAUGAUCGCCAAACCCGACGUGGGCGUGUGCUCCUUCAGGCGGAUCUUCCUCGGGCUGGGGAUGUGCAUCAGCUACGCCGCCCUGCUCACCAAAACCAACCGGAUCUACCGGAUCUUCGAGGAGGGGAAGAAGUCGGUGACGGCGCCGCGGCUGAUCAGCCCCACCUCGCAGCUCGCCGUCACCUCCAGCCUCAUCUCGGUGCAGCUGCUCGGCGUGUUUGUCUGGUUCGUGGCGGACCCGCCGAACACCAUCGUCGACUACGAUGAGCAGAAGACCUUCAACCCGGAUCUGGCGCGCGGCGUGUUGAAGUGCGACAUCACGGAUCUUCAGAUCAUCUGCUCGUUGGGAUACAGUAUCUUAUUGAUGGUGACGUGUACUGUUUACGCCAUCAAGACCCGCGGCGUGCCCGAGAACUUUAACGAGGCCAAGCCCAUCGGGUUCACCAUGUACACCACCUGCAUCGUGUGGCUCGCUUUUAUACCCAUCUUCUUCGGCACGGCGCAGUCUGCAGAAAAGGUAGGAGCCAACCGACCAAUGGGGGGGGUGGAAGGAUGAA